GGAAGCGGCUGCGGUUCUCGCCGGUUCUCAGCCGGGGUUUGAUAGUUGUCAGGAGGAUUCGACGUUCAGUGCCCAGGGAUGUGGAGGUGAUGGGGGGCCGGGGAGGAGUCUCACUCUGUCACCCAGGCUGGAGUGCAGUUUGUGUGAUCUCAACUCACUGCAACCUCUGCCUCCUGGGUUCAAGCGAUUCUCCUGCCUCAGCCUCCCAAGUAGCUGGAAUUACAGAGUUCUUGGAGUCUCUGCGGAGUCCCUGGGCCAGAUCUCACAGUGAAAGCUGCAGGAUCUUCCUUCUGACCCCAGCAGUCCCUGUUGAGUCCACCGAUCCCACUGGAAUUAUAAAGUUGUCAGCAAGAAAGCCCCAGGGCUGAAGUCCAAGUCCGUCGGGAACAUGCCAGCUAACGAGGACGCUCCCCAGCCAGGGGAACAUGGCAGUGCCUGUGAGGUAUCAGUGUCAUUUGAGGAUGUGACUGUGGACUUCAGUAGAGAGGAGUGGCAGCAACUGGACUCUACUCAAAGACGCCUGUACCAGGAUGUAAUGUUGGAGAACUACAGCCACCUGCUCUCAGUGGGGUUCGAAGUUCCUAAACCAGAGGUCAUCUUCAAGUUGGAGCAAGGAGAGGGGCCAUGGACAUUGGAAGGGGAAGCCCCACAUCAGAGCUGUUCAGAUGGGAAAUUUGGAAUUAAGCCUUCCCAGAGGAGAAUUUCUGGGAAAUCUACAUUUCAUAGUGAAAUGGAGGGUGAAGACACAAGAGAUGAUUCAUUAUACUCUAUUUUAGAAGAAUUGUGGCAAGAUGCUGAACAGAUAAAGAGAUGUCAGGAAAAACACAACAAACUUCUGAGUCGCACUACUUUCCUGAAUAAGAAAAUAUUGAAUACAGAGUGGGAUUAUGAAUAUAAAGACUUUGGAAAAUUUGUUCAUCCAAGCCCAAAUCUCAUUCUUUCACAGAAAAGACCCCAUAAACGUGAUUCAUUUGGGAAGAGUUUUAAGCAUAAUUUAGACUUACAUAUUCAUAAUAAAAGCAAUGCAGCAAAGAACCUGGAUAAAACUAUUGGGCAUGGUCAAGUUUUUACCCAGAACUCUUCUUAUAGUCACCACGAAAAUACACAUACAGGAGUGAAGUUCUGUGAACGUAAUCAAUGUGGAAAAGUCCUCAGCCUCAAACACUCACUCAGUCAAAAUGUGAAAUUUCCCAUUGGAGAGAAAGCAAACACAUGUACUGAAUUUGGGAAGAUCUUCACCCAGAGGUCACAUUUCUUUGCUCCUCAGAAAAUUCAUACUGUGGAAAAACCUCAUGAGCUUAGCAAAUGUGUAAAUGUUUUUACACAGAAGCCACUACUCAGUAUAUAUCUGAGAGUUCAUAGAGAUGAAAAACUCUACAUAUGUACUAAAUGUGGGAAGGCCUUCAUCCAGAAUUCAGAAUUAAUUAUGCAUGAGAAAACUCAUACUAGAGAGAAACCCUAUAAAUGCAAUGAAUGUGGGAAAUCAUUUUUCCAGGUGUCAUCUCUACUCAGGCAUCAGACAACUCAUACUGGAGAAAAACUCUUUGAAUGCAGUGAAUGUGGUAAAGGCUUCUCCCUGAACUCAGCCCUCAGUAUACAUCAGAAAAUUCACACUGGAGAGAGACAUCACAAAUGCAGUGAGUGUGGGAAAGCCUUUACCCAAAAAUCAACACUCAGGAUGCAUCAGAGAAUUCAUACAGGAGAGAGGUCCUAUAUCUGUACUCAAUGUGGGCAGGCCUUCAUCCAGAAGGCACACUUGAUUGCACAUCAAAGAAUUCAUACUGGAGAGAAGCCUUAUGAAUGCAGUGACUGUGGGAAAUCUUUCCCUUCUAAGUCACAACUCCAGAUGCAUAAGAGAAUUCAUACAGGAGAGAAACCCUAUAUAUGCACUGAAUGUGGGAAGGCUUUCACCAACAGGUCAAAUCUCAAUACUCACCAGAAGUCUCAUACUGGAGAAAAGUCUUAUAUAUGUGCUGAAUGUGGGAAGGCCUUCACCGACAGGUCAAAUUUCAAUAAACACCAGACCAUUCACACUGGAGAGAAACCCUAUGUUUGUGCUGAUUGUGGGAGGGCCUUCAUCCAGAAGUCAGAGUUGAUUACACAUCAGAGAAUUCAUACUACAGAGAAGCCUUAUAAAUGUCCUGACUGUGAGAAAUCCUUCUCCAAGAAACCACAUCUCAAAGUACAUCAACGAAUUCACACAGGGGAGAAACCAUAUAUAUGUGCAGAAUGUGGGAAAGCCUUCACUGAUAGGUCAAAUUUCAAUAAACAUCAGACAAUUCAUACUGGAGAUAAACCGUAUAAAUGCAGCGACUGUGGAAAGGGGUUCACCCAGAAAUCAGUUCUCAGUAUGCAUCGCAAUAUUCAUACAUGAAAGUAAUCCUGUUUCUUGAAAAUGAGAGCCUUAUAAGGCUGACAAAAGUCAGGUCUAACUAUAUAUUAUAAAAUUCAUCCAAGACAGAUCCUAUAUUAAUACAUUGUAUAAGGAAAAGCAUCAGGCUAUCUCACUUGAGAUGGAAAAAAAUUAUUCAGAAGAAACUCUCUUAAAAAUGCAUUGAAGGAGAGAGAAUUUGCACAGCCUCAUGAAAUAUAGUAAAAGUCAUACUGGGAAAAAUGUUGUCAGUUUGGUGUGUUAGGAAAAGCCUUCCUAUAGAAAGUAUUAUAAGUUAAAUUGUUACCAAAUUCUUUAUAGGAAGGAGAGUGCAAAAUUAUGUAAAUGAUGGUCAGGUUUACUGUGUUAUAUUAAGCAAUUUAAAGUGAUAACAAAAUGAAAGGUAGUGCAGCAAAAUAAUAUAACUGGUGAGUAGACCUACUUUCAGUUCCAUAGGGUGUUUGUGGCAGAACACAGUGCAGAACAGGAGGAAUAUUACACUUUUUUUCAAAUUUAGAAUAAUUAUGUCCAUCAAAUGUUUCUUACUGAAUAUGUCUAUCAAAUAUGUUUCUUAUUGAAUAUUUCUAUCAAGUGAAUCCACAAUUUAAAAGUCACUUUGGUUUUAUAUAUACACACAUCUGCAGAUAUAAUUUUAUAAGAACACACAAAUAUAAUCCUGUCAUUCGUACUGGUUUCCAUGACAUAGUAUCUUGUUUUCUUUCAUUGUGGUACAAUGCAAAGUAGCCACAGAUUCCUCCCAUCCCAAGUAGCGUCUAUUUGUCUACUACUUGACUUUGAACUUGGCCAUGUGACUUUCUUUGGCCAAUGGAAAUUAGCAAAGAGAAUCAAUAAGAAGCUUGAGAAGUGUGCAAAGCCUGCCUUGAAGCUUACCCUCUCUUGCUGCUCUUUGCAAACCUGAAGAAUCUCAAAUUGCCCUACUCGGGGGUGAGGAGCCACCACAUGGAGCAGUGGUGAGCCAGCCUUGCUGAGGCCCCUUAGACCAAGUAGCCUGCCAAUUGUCAGAAUUGGGAGUGAGGUUUUCCAAGACCUCUAGCCCCAGCUGAGCCAGCCUAGCCCAGAAGAGCCAUACCAGUUAUUCCAGCUGAUUUACAGAAUUGUGAGAUAAAUAAAAUGAUGAUAGUUUUAAGCAACAUGAGUUUUGGGGUUAGUUUGUUGUACAGAAAAUGCUAAGUAAUAUUUGAAAGUAUAUGUUUGGGGGAGGGGGCAUAGUGGACCAAAACGUGACAUGUGGCAUUGGCUUUGGGUCUGAGUGGCACGUAGAAACUGGAAAAACAGUGAGGAAAACUGUUUUUCCUCAAAUAACAAAGGUUGGAUAGAUGGCAACCCAUGUUAUUUAGUAGGGAAAGAUAUAGAAAAAGUCAUCACCAUACUCUGUGGGAAGAUAGAGAAUGGACCAAACGAACUGGUGGAUCUGGCUAAGGAGAUUUGCAGCAGAAUAUGGGAAGUAUCAGUUUGCUUCUUUUAGCUGCAUAUGAUACGAUACAGAAAGAGAGAAAUGAACUAAAGAAAUAACUGUUUCUUUGGCAAGCAGAAUUCAGAAGAAAUAUGGAAAAGCCAAGGAUUGCUGGGUUGAAAAAUAAUGCUUUCACAUCACUAGUCUCUCCAGCUAUCUAACUAUUCUCAAGGUAAAAAAUGGCCUCAGGGUAAAGAUCAAAUCAUGGUUGUGUCUGUAAGACUCUAUUACAGUGUGUGAAAUAGUUCAGUUGGUGCUUAGGAGACCAUCUCAGCUAAACUUAAGGGCUUCUAAAAAUCUUCAUGACGUUGUCCCAUAGAAGCCUGACAUACUACUCAAAGUGGAGAGAGACCUAUCUUAAAAAGAAUUGCUGAUGUGGCAUUUGGGGAAAGGAGUAGAUCCAAACCAGAUUCAUAGGAAACUCACAAAGUUUUUAAUAGAGUUUUACUAGUAAAACUACCUCCAGGUUGGACUUCCAGGGACUGAAACAGUUCAAAAUGAAAAGUGGCCUCUGGAUUCCCCUCCCUAACUUCUAUGAAUAGUAUACAUGCUGAGAAAGUUACUCAGAUGCAAACAUGGUCCAUUUCUUAUGGAAAAUGAAGGGCAUCUCAGAGGGAAGACCCAAGAACAAUAUAUUAAAAUGAGCUGGGGAGCCAUUCCCAGGGAGAACUGUGCCCUAAUCAAGAAACGUAUCUGCCCCUGGAGACAAGGGAACCGACAACAUUUGCUCUGUGGGAUUUCAGAAUCGUUAUGGAACAGUGACUGAUAUGUGCCUCGUGGUCCUCCUCUUUUUGAAUGGGAGUGUCUAUUACAGUUAUCCUGUACCUAUCCCACCAUUGUAUAUAUUGGGUGUGUGUUGGGGGGCAUGUAACUUGUCAUUUAGCUCACAGGUAUCUGGAUCAAGAAACUGAAAAACUGUACCCAAGGAACCUCAGCCACAACUGAACCUGAUACAGAAGACUUGAGAUUCUGGAUUGGAGCUUGAUGCCACAGUUUUGGAUGAGAAAUUUGGAGGUCCUGGAAUAGGGGUGAACACAUUUUGCAUGGGGUGGUAAUGUGAAUAAUUUGUGACCAGAAGACACCAUGUGUUAGGUAGAAAAAUGCUACAGAUGUCUUCAUCCCUGUAUAUGUGUCCUUCUUCAGUCUUUAUUUCUCUUUGUGUUUCAGUUAGGAUAAUUUCUAUUGAUCUGUCUUCAAAUUCACUGAUGUUUUUUCUCUCACCCUGGCUUUGUCAAGUCUACUGAUGAACCCAUUGAAGGCAUUCUUCAACUCAGUUAUGUUUUAUUUUUAUUUGUAAUAUUUCCAUUUGAUUCUUACAAUUUUCAUAUAUCUGCUGAAAUUCCCCAUCUUUUCAUGCAUGUUCAUGUUUUCCCCUCUACCCUUUGUCUUAGUCAGUUUGAGCUGCUAUAAUAAAGCACCAUAGACUUGGUGGCUUAUAAACAACAGAAAUUUAUUCCUCACAGUUCUGGAGCCUGGAAGUCUGAGAUCAGAAUCUAGCAAGGUUAGGUCUUGGUGACGCCCCUCUUCAAGGUUGCAAACUGCUCACUUCUUGCAUUUUCCCAUGUCUACAGCUAGAGAACUCUUUGGGAUCCCUUUUAUAAGGGCACCAAUCCCAUUCAUGAGGUCUCCACCCACAUUACCUAACUACCACCCAAAGGCUCCACCUCCUAAUACCAUCACAUUGAGGAUUAGGAUUUUAACAUAUGAAUUUUGGGGGGGAUGCAAACAUUCAGCCCAUAAUACCCUCUAACAUAUUAAUCAUAGUUAUUUUUAACUCCCUGUCUGAUAGUUCCAACUACUAGGUCAACUGAGUCUAGGUCUGUUGUUGUCUUCUCUUGCUCUUUUCCAUCUAAUAAUUUUUGGCUGAAUGUCACAGAUGUUGUACGUAGGACAGUAGAAACUGAGGUAAAUAGUAAUUAUUCCUGGAAACAGCCAUGGUUGCCCUUUUGAUAGGCCAUUAGCAUGGGGAGAUUGAAUCCAUCUAAUCAGGAGUUGGGCUGAGUUUGUGUUUCUUUGUUGCCAGUGUUACCUUUGCUGUACCAUAGACUUAAAAUUCCUCUAUUGUUAUCUCAUGCUUGAGGUAGGCACUGGUUUGCCCAGAGAAUUUUUAUUUUUCCCAGACCACACUUGCCUUUAGGCCUGUAGGCCUUUCCUGUGUGCCUGCAUCUCAGGGAGGGUCUCUCUCCAUGUUGUUGCCUCUAUGUUAGUAGUAGACAACUGUUAUUACUUGUUUCUUGCUGACCUGGUGAGUUGGGGGGCAGGGGUUGUCUUGGGCCAGCCUCAGUUUUUGUCAGGCCAUGAAUCCCUGGGUCUUGAGGGUGGGAUUUUUUAGUGAUCCUGCCCUCUUCCACUGGUAGAAGGCCUUUAAUGAUCUGGGCCCAGGAUGAUUUCCUGCCCUUUUAUCAUGGGUGGAAUUUUUUUUUCCAUUUCCCUCACUCUAGUCACAGUGAAUCUUUACCUGUGUCCUGAGGGGAACAGGGUUUGCUGCACUUCUUUUAGUGGCUUAAGGAUUUUGUUCUGUAGGGGAGUAGGGUUUCAUUGGAGCUUUGUGCCAUUUCUAUAUUAGCAGCAGCCCCCUUGCAGGCCUACCUCACGGAGGUAGGCUUUCUCCAGUCUUCUUCCUUGUCCCCGUGUUUCUUGAGAGCACUCAGUGGAUGACUAUGGAGAAGAGCCUGCAAGCAGAGACCAACUACCCUUAGGUCUACAGCUCUCAUGAGUCUCCCGCACUCAGCCUUUAGCAAUUCAUUAAAAAUUCUUGUUGAAUUCUUACUGCUUGUAUAGUGGCCUCAUCUUCCUUCCUGCUGUACCACAGAUGGCCCAGGAGAGGCACUUGUCUUUUAUUAUAUUUCAAGCUAGUUGGUUGCUCUGUAAUCUUAGCUCUCUGAUGGGUUCGAGAAAACUUAUGUUUUUGCAGAUUACCCAGCUUUGUUCUUGUUAUAAAGAUGGGAGCAGUGUUCUUUCCAGAUGUCUACAUGCUAGGCAGAAACUAGAAGUCUGGACAGUCUCCAUUGUCUCCUACUAUCAGAAUAUGUGCCCUUUUCAGUGUGACUUUGCCACUUCACCCAUCAAGAGGUAGAAUCUAUUUCUUCAACCCCUGCAACUGAGCUUGGCUAUUUUGUUGGCCAAUGGGACAUUAACAAGUAUGAUACAAGCAGAGGCUUGAGAAGUGCCUGCACAAUGAGGCUUGCCCACUUUUGCAGCUCUUUGGAAUCCUGAACCCAUGUGUGGAAAAGCCUGAACUGUGCUGUUGGAAAAUGAGAGCGAUCACAUGGAGCAGUAAUGGAGCAAAGACCAGCCAUCCCAGUUGAGAUACCCUACACCAACCAGAUUUUCAACUGCUGGACAUAUGAAUGAAGCUAUCCUAGGCAUCCAGUCUUGGUCAAGGCAACUUUGGCUGGCAGUCUCUGAGAUGACCCUGAAUGAUCCCCACCUCCUGGUAUUCUCACUCUUAUAUAAUCCCCUCCUCUUGAGUUUGGACUGGAAUUAGUGACUUGGUUCUAGUGAAUAGAAUAAGGCAGAGGUAAUGGGAUGUCAUGUUCAAGAUUAGUUACAAAAAGACUGUGGCUUCCAUUUUGGGUGCUUGCUUACUCUCUCAGAUGGCUCAUCAUAGGGGAAACCUGCUGCUACAUCAUGAGAUAGCCCUGUGGAAAGGUCCACAUGAGUGAACUUUGAAGCAUAUCCUCCCCCAGUUUAGCCUUUAGAUGAGGACCACAGCCAAACAGCUUGACUGUAAGCCAGAUAGCUUGACUCAUGAGGGACCUUCAGCCAGAGGCAUCUUUUGAGCCACACGAAUUCCUGACCCACAGAAACUGCAAGACAAUAAAUGUUGUUUUAAGUUGCUAAAUUUUAGGGUAAUUUGUUACACAGUAAUAGGUUAAUAAUACACUGGCCCAGAUUAGGAAGGUUCUGCCAUCCAUCCCAGCCAUCCCAAACAACUACCAGAAUAAUGGAUUAAAACGUUAACUGUUUUAAGUCACUAAGUUUUGGGCAGCAUGAUACCAACCCAGCAAAAAGCUAACUGAUACAUUGAUUAUUUAUUGCAUUUCUUCCUCCACUAUUCUUCCCUAACAGAUGACCAAUACUAAUAAACUACUGUGAACACUUUCA